AUGUAUUUAACUGUGCCUCCUAAGCGUCUGAUGUCAAUUUCUGGGCCAUCAGCCAAGCAGCAGAGAACCACUUUAACACUUGAAAAGAAGCUGGAAAUUCUAAACAGGGCAUUGUCAGGUGAAAGUGACACAGCUCUGGGAUGCUACUUCGGCCUGGAUGUGGAUGAAUGCCAGGAUGAAAAUGCGUGCGGAGUGAACUUGACCUGUCGUAACUCUGCUGGGUCUUUUUACUGCGUCUGCAAAGCAGGAUAUCAGCAGAAGCAGGGAGACACUCAGCUGGCCUGUACAGUGGAUCCACUUUCCUGUCCUGUCUCUGAGAAGCAGAACUCUACGCCGUCGCAGUGCAACUUCGAUUAUUCAGCAAACGCCAAGCAGAUUGCCCAGUUAAACUCUGCAAAAGAUGUGCUGAAGUUAGCUGAUUGCUACCAUGAUAAAAUCUGUCAGAAUUUCAGUGGGACAAAAGAUACCACGCCUAUGACAACAUUUGUAAACAGUGUUCUUAAUACUUCUUGGCUGGAGAGCAUGAACACCACUCAAAGACUGACAGUGGCAGCAGCCACAGUGGAUCUCUUGGAGAACAUGGCAAUGGCGAUUGCUCUGCAACUAUCCAGUUCAAAGUCAAAGACCAUAGAAACAGACUCUUUCGUUCUUAAGGUCAAGGUGCCUGAAAGGAACAGUGCGAGUACAGUCCAACUGGUGAAAUUGGACACUCAGAAUAAUUCCUUCGAGAUUUACUGGAGAACCAUUGCUGGAGAAAAUAACACUGACUUGGAAUCCCUGCUGAACCAAGAGAUUAAAGGCGGCCGUCCAUCUCAGAACAAUGUGUCAUUAAACUCCAAGGUGAUAGCCGCCACCAUCAGCAACAAGGCCAUCAGCUCUAAUCGGAAGGAAAAGUUCAAUUUGACUCUGAAACUCAACCAGGAAAAGGAAGAUGGUGAAGAGCCAGAAUGUGUCUAUUGGAGUAAUACCAAAGAGAGAAGUGUCUGGUUAUCUGAUGGUUGUGAACGGAUCCAUUCCAAUCAGACCCAUGUAAUCUGCCAGUGUAACCAUCUGACAAGCUUUGCUGUUUUAAUGGCUCCAGUUCAGACUGAGAUUGACGACAGGCACUUGGAGGUGAUCACCUACAUCGGCCUCAUCAUCUCCCUGCUCUGCCUCGCUGCCUCCAUCGUCGUAUUUGUCAACUGCAAAUCCAUCCAGAAUGCGAACACCAAUCUCCACAAGCACCUGAGUAUCACCCUCUUCCUGGCACAGUUCAUCUUUCUGAUUGGAAUACGGAUUAAACAGCUGGUUGUGUGCGCCCUGAUUGCUGGGUGUCUGCAUUACCUCUUCCUUGCCGUCUUCGUCUGGAUGUUCCUGGACAGUUUGCAGCUUUUCAUCAUGUCCAGACACCUGACAGUCACCAAUUACACUCGCACACAUAUCAUCAAACCAAGAUACCUGUACGUUUCUGCUUAUGCUGUUCCUGCUGUGAUCGUCAUUAUCUCAGCGGCAGUAAACCCUGGAGGCUAUGGGACAGAGACCGUCUGUUGGCUGAAGCACGAGUCGGGGUUUAACUGGAGUUUCCAGGGCCCGGUCUGUUUCAUGAUUCUGGUCAAUACAGUCCUUUUAUUUUCCGCUCUCUACUUACUGAGACGCCAUUUCAACUCACGCAACAAGGAGGUGUCGAAGCUUAAGGAAACCAAAACCCUAACCAUUAAGGCUGCAGCACGGAUGUUUGUUUUGGGAUCCACGUGGAUCUUUGGAAUAUUUCACGUUGAUCAGAGCACUGCAGUGUUCUCCCACUUAUUCACGAUCAUCAACAGUCUCCAGGGUCUGUUUGUUUUCCUUAUUUACUGCGUUUUCAAUCACCAGGUGGUUGCUGAAUUACGGAAGUGGUUGACCAGUAAACGGAAGAGCAUCUCCAUCAUGUCCACAGAGGUGGAGAUGAGCAUUACUGAGAAGGAGAAAGAGUGA